GCCCCUCCCAUGCCAGAAGUACAGUUUAUAACAUUCUUGGUGAAUGUGAAAGAUUAACCUCUUUCUGCAUUCAAGAUGAAAACUUUUAUCUGCUACUGUGUGGUACUCCUGGUGGGAAUUGGACAUGGCCAGGAUUUGACCCAAACAGAAGAGAAGCCUGGAAUUUGUCCCGAAGUUGGAAUAUUAGUUCUGGGAAGAUGUGACAAAGAAUGUAAUACAGAUAAUGACUGUCUCCAAAAUCUUAAAUGUUGUCAAACUGGAUGUGAUGGAUUAGAGUGCAAGAUACCAGAUGCAAAGCCAGGAAUUUGCCCUUCCCAUAAUGUGACAGUAGAAUCAUGCGAGAGUCAAAAUACUUGCAGAUCUGAUGCCAACUGUGAGGGCAAUUUGAAAUGUUGCCCUAGAAAUUGUGGCAGUUCCUACUGCGAAUCUCCAGAAGAGACUAAAGUAACAGCCAGUCCCUGAAAGGAUAUACCAUGGACCCUGAAGAAUUGAUGUUCACCUGAAUCCUGAAGAAUUCUAAGUCCACCUCUGAGUUUCCUAUACCCUGAUGAACCCUCCCCAAAACUAUAACCUUUUAUAUAAUAAUCAAAGACACAAUAAACAAAUAAUAAACAAACAAUAUGUUUGUAGCCAUCUGUCUUUAGGAGUAGAUACAGGAUCAGAGGAACAGCUCUGAUUCUGUCCUUUGUGAAGGGGUCAAUUUGUUUCUUCUGCUCAACUGAACAAAUCAAUUUAUUUCUCAUUAAAAGUACAGUAUUGUAUGAAUUAAAAUUGUGCAUAAGAUUAAAUUACAAUAUUUCUGAUUAUACAAA